GUCCUUCGCUCAAAUGUAUCCUCCAUGUGACAUUUGCGGUGUUAUGUGUGUUGCUGCUUAUGAAAACUUAAAACUCAUGCAGGGUAUGAAAACUUCAUUUAAGUGCCUCGACGGAAAAAUUCUCAGGACAAUAAACAACACCGUGUAUUGACAUAGGAUGGCAUCCCCUUCACCCCAUGAUCGCAGCCGUAGUGACGAUGAGGAUGACCCCGUUGAGCAGAUGAUAUCCCGCACUGGCUGCGCUGAGCUACACUAUGCUGUGCAGGAGUGCAUGGCUGAACACCAGGACUGGCGGGUCUGCCAGAAACAGGUCCAGACUUUCAAAGACUGCAUGAUGAGUUUCCAAAAAGCUCGGAAAGAACAGCUGAUGAAGCAGCGAUCAACCUCCACCGAGUCUACGCCGAGCUGAACUCACAAAACCACAAACGCACAAAGUGGGCUGAGGUCAGGACCUGACUGACUCAUUUAAAGUGAAGAGACUGAACCUUAUUUAAUUGUUGUACUGAAAGUGAAGGACGAGUACAUUUAAUCCGGACUUGGACUUUAAAGUGUUUGGUGGAGAACUGAUAACUGUGAUUUAUUAGUCAAUAUAAACUUAUUAAAGACUUUGCCUACCAAA